AUGGAGCUUCAAAACGCCGCAAAGGAUCGCACGAUGGCGGAUCCCCAACUUCUUGUGGACGGUAUGUACAGUCUGGAUGAUAGGGACUUGGCGAGACUAGGUAAGAAGCCUGUGUUGAAGCGCAACUUUGGGUUUAUGUCCAUCUUGGGAUUUUCCUGUACCGUCCUCAUCACAUGGGAGGGUAUGCUCAUUGUGUCCACCCAGAGCCUCCUCAAUGGCGGACCUGCUGGAGUACUUUACGGAUACAUCAUCGUAUGGAUUGGCACGCUUUCAACUUUUGCGGUUCUAUCAGAGCUGGCUUCCAUGGCACCAACCGCGGGCGGUCAAUAUCACUGGGUUGCUAUGCUGGCAUCUAGGCCCUCGGCGAAUUUUCUGAGCUUCAUCACUGGUUGGGUGACAUUUGCUGGCUGGCAAGCAGCCACUGCGGCCGUAGCUUUCCUUGUUGGUACUCUCUUGCAGAGCGUUAUCAUCUUGCUUGAUCCGGGUUAUACCCCCAAACCCUGGCAGAGCUUGCUGUUCUUCUGGGUAAUAUUGGCUUUCGCAGUUUUCAUCAAUACCAUCGCCAGUAAAAUACUGGCCCAGUUCGAAGGCCUGAUCCUAGUGCUUCAUAUCUUCGGUUUCUUUGGUGUCUUAAUCCCGCUUGUAUAUCUCUCUCCUCACGAGGAUACCUCAAUCUUUACUACAUUUGUCAAUACUGGCGAAUGGUCAAGUCAAGGCCUCUCUUUUUUUAUUGGCUUGCCAGCCGCUGUUUUCUCCUUGAUCGGUGCUGAUUCAGCUGUACAUAUGUCUGAGGAGAUACGAAAUGCGUCUACAGUGGUACCAAAAGCAAUCAUGGUCAGCAUAGUACUCAACGGCGUUCUAGGUUUUGCAAUGAUGGUCGCGUAUCUGUUUUGCCUCGGUGAUUUAGAUGCGGUCUUAGAAUCCCAGUUGACUCUGGGUUAUCCUUUUUUAUACGUUUUCAAGAUAGGUGUCGGGUCGACUCCUGGGGCGGCAGUCAUGGGCUUGCUUAUUGUCAUCCUCGGCGUCUGUAGCACUGUUGGUGUGCUUGCGUCUUCAUCUAGAAUGUUGUGGUCCUUCGCGAGAGAUCGUGGUGUACCUCUAUGGAGGCAUUUCAUCAAGCUUCAACGGCGAACAUCUAUCCCUGUCUAUACUAUUGGCUUCACUACCACGAUUUCUGUUCUCCUUUCCCUCAUCAUCCUUGGCUCGAGCGUCGCUUUCAACAAUAUUGUCAAUCUGAGCAUUGCUGGCCUGUACUCAUCUUAUCUUCUUUGCUGUUCUCUGCUUCUCUGGCGGCGUAUUCAGCCCAAUUCCAUUAAGCCCUACAGCCCAGACGUUGCCAAAGUUGGACCAGGACACCUACACUGGGGACCAUGGCAUAUCCCAGGGUUUCUUGGUGUUAUCAACAACGUCUUCGCCUGUACUUAUCUCCUUUUGCUCUUGUUUUGGGUAUUCUGGCCCCCAGUCACCCCGAUAACACCGGAAACGAUGAACUUUAGCGUACUUACUUUUGGCGCAACGAUAUCCGGGGCCAUUAUAUGGUAUUUCAUUCAAGGCAGAAAAGAAUAUAAGGGCCCAGUAGUAGAAGUAGAUAUCUAG